AUGGAUGAUGAUGAUGAUGGUGGUGGUGGUGGGGGUACCGUGCUGCUGAUGAAGGGAUGUGACACACGAGCCUGUGGGGGCUUCAGUGUGUCAGUCAUUGAUCUGUGCUCUGAUGCUUCCCUCUGUCUUGCCGCAGGCUGCAGUGAGCAGGUGGAGGUUCACACAGAGCGGAGGGGUGUCCUCUACAGUCCCUCCUGGCCCUUAAACUACCCACCAGGGCUCAACUGCAGCUGGCACAUCCAGGGGAGUCCUGGAGAGGUCAUCACCGUCAGUUUUCGUAACUUUGACGUAGCGGAGUCAGGAAGGUGUGCGGGAGACCGGCUCCUGCUGAGCCCGUCGUGGAGUGGAGAAUCCAGGCUGUGUGGCUCCGUGCUGCCGCCUCCCUUCAUCUCCACCAGGGGACGCGUUUGGCUCUACUUCCACUCCCAGGCCAACAGCUCGAGACAAGCCCAGGGCUUCCGUCUCUCCUACAUCAGAGGUCGUCUGGGUCAGAGCAGCUGCCAGUCAGACGAGUUCCUCUGCGGGAACGGGAAGUGUCUCCCUCGCUCCUGGAAGUGCAACGGGCAGGACGAAUGCGGUGAUGCCACUGAUGAACGAGGCUGCUCCCCACCUCCCACAGAGUCCCACCCCGGUCUCUGCUCGCCCGGCUCCCUGCCGUGCACACAGGCUCAGACCACCCGCUGUCUGCCAGCCACCCUACGUUGCAACGGAGCCCGAGACUGUCCCGACGGAAGCGACGAGCGUGGCUGUCCCGACACCAGCUGUGGCAAACGACUCGGGAACUUUUACGGCUCGUUUGCUUCUCCGGACUUUUUCCACGUCGACCGGGGCGCCACGUCUGAACUGAGGUGCUCCUGGUUGCUGGACACCCAGGACACCAAGCCCAUUGUGCUGCAGCUGGACCUUCAGUUGGGGCCUGGGGAUUUACUCCAUGUGUACGACGGCCUGCUGCAGCAUGCGGAGCAUCUCUUACAGGUGUUGUCGCAUCACAACAACAGGCGCCCGGCACUGCUGGAGUCCAGCCGAGGCCAGAUGAGUGUCCUGUACAUGGCACAGCCUCAAAGCCCCGGACACGGCUUCAAUGCUACAUACCAGGUGAAAGGCUACUGUUUCCCUGGCGAGCACCCGUGCGGCAGUGAUCAGGGCUGCUACUCCGACCGCCAGCGCUGUGACGGCUACUGGCACUGCCCCUCUGGACGCGAUGAGGAGGCGUGUGCGAUGUGCUCCAAUGGGGAGUUCCCGUGUGAAGGAGCCACUGGAGCUUGCUACCCACUGUCUGAGCGCUGCAACAAUCAGAAGAGGUGCCCGGACGGGUCGGAUGAGAAGAACUGCCAUGACUGCCAACCUGGAAACUUCCACUGCGGAACUAACCUGUGCAUCUUCGAGACGUGGCGCUGCGACGGCCAGGAGGACUGCUUGGACGGGAGCGACGAGAGGGACUGCCUGGCCACGGUGCCCAGGAAAGUGAUCACGGCGGCCCUGAUCGGCAGUCUGGUGUGCAGCCUUCUGCUGGUCGUCGCACUCGGGUGUGCCCUCAAGCUGCAGUCGCUCAGGAGCAGAGAGUACAGAGCAUUUGAGACUCAGAUGACUCGCAUGGAGGCAGAGUUUGUUCAGAGAGAAGCCCCCCCCUCGUAUGGUCAGCUGAUCGCUCAGGGUCUCAUUCCCCCGGUGGAGGAUUUCCCCGUGUACAACUCUACUCAGGCGUCUGUCUUACAGAACCUCCGUUUGGCGAUGCGCAGACAGAUCAGGCGCCACUCGUCUCGCCGCUCCUCUUCGUCCUCCACUCGACGGCGUCUCGGGCAUCUGUGGAGCCGGCUGAUGCACAGCAGAGGUCGAGGCAGAGGUCACUCUGCACUGCUGGACUCCACCGGGCCCACGCAGAUCAUCCUGGGGCUUCACAGAUACCACACCGUGGGAGAGCAGGGGGGGGCGGGUGCGUCCACGUCAGGAGCUGGACUCCAGGAUGAGGAAGAGGAGGCCGAUCUGCAGAGCUCGUGCUGCUCAGCGUCGGUGGACCUGCAGGCGUGCACGUCAGACAGCCCCACUUCUCCUCUCUCCUUGCACUCUGCAGAGAGUCUGGAUCAGGAGGAACUAUCACCUGCCAGCAGGUGGGGUGCCGGGGCAGCACAGUCAGAGCCUUCAACACCUCAACCAGCCUCUGCACCCUCCUGCCACCACCGGCCCUCUAGAAAAAUGGUUCUGGAGCUCGCUGUUAACCUGAAGGGUGUUUCCUUAAGACAUUACUCACCUUUGGGGCCUUUAUCCCCCGUCUCCCCCACUGUGUUUGCCAGCAGCUCCCAAAUGCAUUCAGCUCAGAUUCAGCCAGGGGGGUCAGAGGUGGUUUCACCUGCAGAGCCCAGGUCCUCCUCAGUCAAAGCAGAGGAUGGUGGCUAUCAUUUCAGCACCGAUGUGCAGAGCAGGGACAUAAACAUCAAGGAGGAGACAAAGAAAGGAGGAACCAGCUGAUGUGGGAGGCUCUCUGUGAGA